AUGUCAGUCGUGGAAAUCACCAGCGACUCGCACUUCUCCGAGCUCACCAGCUCGCUAGCUCCCACCACUCUGGUGGCCGUCUACUUCCACACUCCUUGGGCCGCUCCCUGUGCCCAGAUGAACAGCGUUUUCAAGUCGCUGUCGACCCUCCAUUCGUCGGUGCUUUUUCUGUCCGUCAACGCCGAUGAGCUGCCAGAGAUUUCCGAAUCUUUCGACAUCUCGGCCGUACCCUACUUUGUCAUGCUCAGGGACGGCACCAUUCUCAAGGAGUUGAGUGGAGCCGACCCCAAGGAGCUGGCCGCCACUAUCAGCGCUCUGAGCGAGAGCGACGCCAAGCCUGCCGAGUCUGAGUCGGCCGCCGCCGCUGCCCCCACUUCUUCUACUGCUGACGCCCCUGCCAGCUCAUCCACAGACGCUCCCGAACCCGCAGAGGAGACCGAAGAAGAACUCAACGCCCGUCUGGCCAAACUCGUGAAGGCCGCACCAGUCAUGCUCUUCAUGAAGGGCACGCCGGCAGCUCCACAGUGCGGCUUCUCACGACAAUUGGUCGCCAUUCUCAGAGAACAUCACGUGCGGUUCGGCUUUUUCGACAUUCUCAAAGAUGACGCCGUGCGACAGGGCCUGAAAAAGUUUUCCGACUGGCCCACCUUCCCCCAGCUGUACAUUGGAGGCGAGCUGCAGGGCGGUCUGGAUAUCGUCAAGGAGAGCAUUCAGGAGGACCCCGAGUUUUUCGAGAAGGCUGUUGCUGAAUGA